CUGUGAAAAAUCUGACUGGGUGUAAAAUUAUUUUUCAAAGUCAUCUGAAGUAUCACUGAAAAAAAAUUCGAACCACAAUGAAAAAAUCUGGAGUAAAAGGUCAAAUUUAUCAAUUGAUUAUAAAAUAUAAAGCAAUAGUAAGUUAAUGGGUCAAAUAAUAAUAUAAGUCAAUAUUAAUUAUAGUAUAGAAUAUGUCGACACACCAUCCAACUAUUGCCACAUCGGGGUUAGGGAGUGUGUUUAAAUCUCUUACUAAGACAUUAAAAUCGACUACCUCUACUACUAAGAAUGUACCAGUACUGAUUAAUGCAACAGUAGUUGGAGGUGGAGGAGAUUUACCUCAGUUAUUUCAACAAUUACAAUCAAAUUCAUUAUCUACUAGAUGUUCAGCUGCCACAAAAUUAACAGAAUCUCUUGAUAAAUAUUCUAUAUCUUCAAUUCCUGAAGUAUGGUAUUUAGCUCGAGAUAUGUGUGAUGUGAGAAUGCUGUCACAAGUUAGGCGAACAGCCCUUAAAUUAUUAUUACUGUGUAUAAAACAUGAUGAUGAUGCCGUAGGAACUAGAUUAAGAUAUUUCCGAGAUAUUAAGACUUAUUGUCAAUUGAAAGUAGGAUAUAAAUUAGAUCCUGAUUAUGAUUUAUUUCUUGAAGCCCUUAAAGCUUUAACUAAUGAUGGAAGAGAAAUUCAUGAUUUUUGUAUUUAUGAUGAAGAUAAAAAUAUUAAUGUAUUCUUAACAUCUAGUUUAGCUGUGGUUAGUCAAUUUGCUUCCAAUUAUAGAUUACAAGAUCAAAUAAAUGAUGAGAAAUUAUUAAAGCAAGAUUUUGAAUUCAAAGUUUUAAUUAAUACCAUUGAAUUUGUUAAAAAUUGUCUUAAAUAUAGUUUUACUAUACUUGAUGAAGAAAUUGUUUCUGAUAUUAUUAGAAAGUCAGUUAUGAUAUCUAAUUCAACUACCAAUAGAUUAAUUAUUUCUAAUUUGGUAGAUAUUUUACAUUCUGUUAUAUUCUUUGGAAGUAUACCGUCGGAUUGCUUUGAAUUAGUCGUGACAUUCUUUUGCAAAAUUUAUUCAUUUGGAUUUGAUGAAUCAUUAACUAAAAGAAUAUGGGAAUGUAUAGAUUGUUUAUCAACUGAAGAUUCAAUUUUUGUAUUAAUAACAAGUUUAACGAGUACUAUUCAACAAUGUUAUAAGACAGAACUGUCUGAUAAUGUUAUAAUUCAAGCAUGUAUUGGAGCCAUUGAAAUAUUACAAAGAAUUCAAAUAGUUAAUGCUGCCGAUCAUAGACCAUCUAUUGAUUCAUGUUAUUUAAAUAUUUAUAGUGCCAUAAGGAAUGCUAGUUUACAUAAUAAUCCUCGAUUAAAUUCAGCAUUCUUAAGAUAUUUCGAUAGAUUAUUCUCUAAGGAAUCCUAUUUUGAGAAUUUUAAUAUUGAAUUUAAUGAAUCAUUUGAAAAGAUAUUACCUUUCCAAUUAUGGUAUUCUAAUACUUUAUCAAUGUAUGAUAUUUUAAAGGGUUUAAGAGUUAAUUCAGAACAAGAUGAAAGUUAUUUAAAGUCUAUUUGUUUAUCAUUACAAUCUCUUUAUGAAAAUCAUGAAUUAACCACUCCCAAAGAUAAAUUAAUAAAUUUCCUCAUACAUAAUUAUAAAUAUUUAACGGUUGAAAAUAUUAAAUUUGUACUUGAAUUUUAUAAUGAAGAAAGAUUAUGUUCCUUAUUAAAUCCAUUUUGGAAAGAUAAUUGUUUAAAAAUAUUGAAUUAUUUUUAUUAUAAUUCAUCAAAUAUCGAAGCAAAAGUUGCAUGUCUUCGAGUAAUUAAAGAAAGUAUGGAAAUAUCUAUUUCAAUAUUUUCAAAAUCAGAUAUUAAUUAUGAUAUAAUGUUUGAUAUAUUAAGAAGAUCUUUAGGUGAAAGAGAUGAAAUUAUUAUUGAUUAUUUGAUUGAUAAUUUAUUUAUCUUUUUAGCUCUUCAUACAUCAAAUAAUGGAUUUAAACAACUAUGUAAUGUAUUUGUUGUCCAACUUGAGAAUAAACUUUCAAGUGCUAAUGUAAGUAUGAAUCAAACCGAUAAAUUAAAGAGUUUAGUAUCAUUAAGUUCAGUAUCUCAAAGGACUACCAAUUCACUUUCUUCUUCAUUAUUUUUAUUCCUUCAAAUUGCUAAGGCAAUUGCUCGAGUUUUCUUAGUAUCAAUAUCAAAUAAUAAUCCGGAAAAGGCUCAAGAAUGUUAUAAUGUUAUGAUUAAAAUGGCUCAAUAUGCUAUUGCAUUUAAUGAAUCUGAUUUAUUAAUGAUUGUUUCUAAAUGUUUAAUUAGAAUUAGAGUCACAUCUGAUCGAAAGAUUUAUAUUUCUAAACCAUCAGAUAUGACUGGGUUAGCUGUUUCAUUUAAAAGAAAUACUGAAGAUUCAUCUUUUAAUAAUGAUUUAAUUAAACAAUAUAAAUGGGUAUAUCCAGAAACUGUACCUUAUUUACCCGAUAAGUUAUAUGAUAAACCUUCUCGAGUUUAUAUAGCUCGACCUGAUUUCAAUACUCCUUAUGCAUUAAAUGAAAAGGAAUCAUUUCUUAAGGGAAUUGAUAUGACUCCAUGGUUUAAUCUAAUUCUUGAAAUCAUGACAAAAUUCGUUGAUUGGGAAAUCUAUUCAUUUGUAUGGGCACAUUUCUGUUCUCAAUUAGCCAAUAUUGAUUUAUUUAUUCAUAAUGAAGAAGAAAUUUCAAAAUUAAAGAAUAUCAUUUGUGAUCAAUUGACAUUAAAUUUAUCUCAUCAUAUAAAAUUACCUCCAGAUAUUACCAGAGCAGAUAUUCAAGUUGCAUCGGUUAGAACUCUUACACCUAUUUUAGGUUAUCAUAAUAAUUUUUCAAAGUAUGAUGAAGAUCAAAUAAUUAAUUCAUUAAUUAUUGGAUUAGGAUCAUGGGAAAAGACAGCUAUACCAUGUAUAAAUAUUUUAACUGUAUGUUGUUAUGAAAUGCCUUUAUCAGUUAAGAAAUAUUUAUCAGUAAUAUUAACUACAUUACAAACAAGAGUUACAAGUGCAUUUGCAAGUACUCAUACUUUAGAAUUUUUAUUAUCUUUAGUACAUUUACCAUCAUUAACAUCAAAUUUUACUUUAGAUGAAUUCCGAAGAGUUUUUGGAAUUGCAUUUAAAUUAAUUCAAUAUGCUAAUGAUAUGAAAAAGAGAGUACCUCAUGAAGAUGAUCGUAAAAAUAUUCUUCAAACUCAUGGAGUUGAUGCUCAAGUAGAUCAAACUCCUUCAAAUCAAUCAACAGAAUUUACUCCUAUAUUAUCUCAGUAUAUGUUAUCAUUAUCUUAUAAUGUUCUUUCAACUUGGUUUUUAAAACUUCAUAUGAAAGAUAGAAAGAAAUUAUCAUCAUUUAUAUUAAAGAAUUUAAUAUUAUGUAAUGAAAGUAAUGAAGAUUUAGAUGAUCAAACUAUUGGAUAUCUUGAUUUUAUUAUUAGAUUUACUUAUAGUGAUUUACCAUUAAAAAUUAUUAAUUCUACCGCUCCUGGUAAAUUAGGUAGAGUAAGUCAAACAGCUAAUCUAAAUAGAUGGAUUGUUGGAAAUAGUGUUAUUAGUAUUGAUACAGAUUAUACUAAUGGUGAUACUAAUUUAAUAGUUCGAAGACCAACCGGAGUUUGUAAAUUAAUGAUUAAAUUAGAACAUGAUUAUCAACCUCCUAAAUCAUCCAAUAAAAAAGUCGAAGAUAUGAAUCUUAUUAAUCCAAAUUAUUUCUUAUUACAAUUAUUUGAUCAUAUUGAUGUAUCAGCUAUGAAUACUAAACCAAUUCCAAUAAUUGAAGAUUCAAUUAUUUUAAGAGCUUUAAAUGUAUUAGAUAGAAUUCCUACUGUAGAAUUUCAUAAGAUUGGAAUUAUUUAUAUUGGUAAUGGACAAACUUCUGAACUUGAAGUAUUAACUAAUAAAAUCGGUUCAAGAAGUUAUCAAAAUUUCCUUAAUAAGAUUGGAGAUUUAGUUAAAUUAAAGCAAAAUCCUUUACAAAUAUAUGUUGGAUCAUUGGAUACAGAAAAUGAUAUUGAUGGAGCUUAUGCUAGAUAUUGGAGAGAUACAACUACUCAAGUAAUUUUCCAUAUUACUACCAUGAUGAAUAAUCCUAAAUUUUUAGAACUGGAUAAUAAUAAUGUUGAUCAAGAAGAGAAGCAAAGAAUUGUUGAUUUAAAGAAGAGACAUAUUGGAAAUAAUUAUGUUAAUAUUUAUUAUGAUGAAUCAGGAUUGGAAUAUAAUUUCAAUUUAAUUAAAUCACAAUUUAACUUUUUGAAUAUUGUCAUAUCACCUCAUACAAUUUCUUCAUCAACUGUUGAAAGUUUUAAUCUGGAAAUGAUGCAAGGUACUAGCGGAAGUAGAGAUAAUAAUGGUAGUACUGAGAAUAGUAUUGGAGAUUCAUUUGGGUCUAAUAGUGAAAAAAUAUAUAAUAAUCAAAGAUCAAGUGAUAGAUAUUAUAAAGUUAAAGCAUAUAGAAGAUAUGGAGUACCAGGAAUGUUUGCUACUAGUCAUUUUAAGAUUAUAUCAGAAGCUAAUUUACCUAAUUUUAUUAGAAAUUUGGCUAUUAUAGCUGAUCAAUUUGCUAAUGUUUGGCAUGCCAAUUUAUCAGGAUCAUUUGUAUCGAAUUGGUCACAAAGAGUUAAACAAUUUAAAGUGUUAAGAGAAAAGACUAUGGCUAAUCAUGAAACUUUAAGACAAGAAGAAUUACAAUCUAAAGUUAGUAAUGAAAGUUAUAUUAGUAAUAUUACUACUACCCAAUCAUUAUUUGAACAAUUACAAACCCCAAGUAAUGCCACUUCAUCGACCAAUCCCUCGACUGCAACCAGUAAUAGUGGAGAUUUACAUUCUAAUUCUAAGGAUGCAGUGGUCAAUGAUUAUAAAUUUGAAUAUUUAUCUAGUAAUGACGAGGGAUUACACCCUAACGACGAGAUAUAUCAAUUGAUAGAAUUCAAUUCUUAUACCUCAUAAUUAAUGACAUCAUAUAUGUAUAUAUACCCUAUUUUAAUUUAAUAUAAUUUAAAAUAACUUGCGUUGGUAAAAACAAGUUCCUGUAUAUCCAAAGAAACGACAUAGUGUAUUUUAUAAAAAGUUUGAGUCAAUUAAAAAAUAAAUAAUUAUUCGGUAGUAUGAGCAAUUACGGUGAGGUAUAAAAUAUAUCAUAA